AUGAGCUCAACGGCAGAGACACAGAUAACUUCGGUGCAAGUCCCCGACGAAGAAACUAGCCUCUUCGUCAUGCAGCUAGCCAGCGCCUCCGUUCUUCCUAUGGUUUUACAAUCAGCUUUAGAGCUCGACCUUCUCGAGAUCAUGGCCAAGAACACUUCUCAUCAGAUGUCUCCGGCUGAGAUCGCUUCCCAUAUUCCAACCAAAAAUCCGGAAGCUCCUGCCAUGCUCGACCGUAUACUCCGGUUUCUUGCGGCUUACUCUAUCCUCACCUGCUCCGUCCGUACACUUCCCGGAGGCGACGACAUCGAGCGGCUUUAUGGGCUCGGUCCGGUUUGCAAGUACUUGACCAAGAACGAAGACGGUGUCUCGAUUGCUGCUCUUUGUCUUAUGAACCAAGACAAGGUCUUCAUGGAAAGCUGGUAUUUUCGAAAUUAUCUUCUUUCUGAUUUUAAUAGAUUUAAUGCUAGAUCAAGUCAGAACAAUAACUAUUUUUGUAGAUAA